CCUUUUUUUUCCUCCUCUCCAAGCCAUCAUCCCGAUAACUUCAUCUCUCUAUCAUCUGAGGUGGUCUAGAUGAUGGAGUUGAGUUCUCUCUUCCCCACCCUCUGUCUCCCUGAUCUCCUACUUUUUAUAGCGCCGCUCUGGAUCGCUGUCCUUGUCGGGGUUUUGGUGGGUUGGCUCUGGAGACCAAGCUGGGCUAGACAAGACAAACUCUUCACCUUCUUCAACAACAACAAACCCAACAACAACAACCAUAAUCACCCCGCUACUACUACCGUCGAAUCUCGCCAGGUACACAAAGAGAAAUCCGGGUUUGUAACCGGCGAUGAUUUCAGGCAUCUAUGGAACUUGGUCGAGGUCAAAGACGGAGGCCCUUCCUGGAUUCAGAUGAUGGACCGGUCUACUCCCACCUUCUCUUACCAAGCUUGGAGACGCGAUCCUCACGACGGUCCCCCUCAGUACCGUAGCAGAACCGUGUUCGAAGACGCCACUCCUGAGAUGGUGAGGGACUUUUUCUGGGAUGAUGACUUCCGUUCCGAAUGGGACGAUAUGCUUUUGUUUUCUUCUACGCUCGAGUCUUGUAAGGACACUGGCAGUAUGGUUGUUCAGUGGGUCCGCAAGUUCCCUUUCUUUUGUAGCGACAGGGAGUAUAUCAUUGGCAGGAGAAUAUGGGACGCUGGCCGAGUCUUCUACUGCGUUACAAAGGGAGUACCAUACCCGUCUGUACCACGACAGAGCAAGCCGCGGCGUGUUGACUUGUACUAUUCAAGCUGGUGCAUCCGUGCAGUUGAAUCGAAAAGAGGGGAUGGUGAGAUGACAUCUUGUGAGGUUCUACUUUUUCACCACGAGGAUAUGGGGAUACCGUGGGAGAUAGCAAAGCUCGGGGUGAGACAGGGGAUGUGGGGUGCGGUGAAGAAGAUAGAGCCAGGGCUACGUGCAUAUCAGAGGGCUAGAGCAGGAGGAGCAGGUUUAUCACCGAGCGCAUCGAUGGCUCAGAUCAACACCAAAGUGAGUGCGGAGGAGUUUAUGAACGAGAGGGAUUCGACAGGAGAGGUUGGAGGAGACGAGAAGCCGUCGUCAGGGAAGAACAUACCGAAGUUACUAGUGGUGGGCGGGGCGGUUGCGCUUGCGUGUACGCUGGACAAAGGGCUAUUGACGAAGGCGGUGAUAUUCGGGGUGGCGAGAAGGUUUGCAAGAAUGGGGAAGAGGAUGUAGGAGGGCUGAAUGUGUACAUUGUGUGAGAUGGUCACUCUCCUUUUGCAAUUCCAAAUAGAGAAAGAAAGAAAGAAUGUUUCAUUAGUCUUGGUGAGUGUAUCAAUCAUGUAAAAGCAAAGAGGAAAAGCAGAGAGAGGAGUUAAUUCUUUUAGUGUUGGAUCUGUGAUAAUAAACAUAUCAAACCUUUUUUAUUGUCUAAAUUUCUGAUGAAGUGAAAUCCAAUAGUGACUUGUGUUUA